AUGUCCCCCCCAGCUAUAGCUGGGGAAAAGACGAGCAGACGAGAAAACGGAUUAUCGCGCUGGAUUUUCGGCGAAUAUCCCGCGAGGCAAAUCUUGUGUCAAGCGGGAUAGUUUGGCUAUUUGUUUAACGAAUUAGCUGAAAAUGUUCGUAGCUAUAAGGAGCGGCAUAGCCGCCAGGUCCAUUCCCGGUAUCGCCAAGGAGUUAUGUAAGAUCACACCUAACUCGGUAACCAAGUACCAGGCUGCCAGUCUUACGAGAGCAGCCUUUCGCAACGAAGAUGAUAUUCCGAAUAUAAAACCCUACCCAUAUCACGAAAAGGAGUACACUGUUUUCCAAAUGAUUAUGGAUACUAACAAAUGUAGAGUCCACGAGCAUUCCAAGCUCAUUGUUAUCGAUGGUCAGGUGGCAUCAGGCAAGAGUAAGUUGGCUCAAGAACUGGCCAAGGAAUUCGAUUUUCUCUAUCUUCCCCAACCGACGUUCGAUGAUCUGUUAAUUACAAAGUGGGGUUUUGAUGUAAGACAACUGGAUCAUUUAUUACCCAAGGAUGCUCAAUCAUGGGAUAUUGAGAGAUUCUUACAGAACCCUCAUGAUCGCAACACAAUAGCUAUGCAGUUGUACAUGUACAUGAUGAGGCAAAAGCAGUAUAUAGAUUCACUAGCUCAUAUAUUUUGCACCGGACAAGGCGUUGUUACUGUCAGGUCACCAUGGAGCGAUGCCGUUUUUGCCAAAGCUAUGUAUCAGAGUAAGUUCAUCAGCCCAAAAGGUUAUGAAGCACAUACGGAUGCUUGUAAAGCUUCCCUGCACAACUACCUAAAACCUCAUGUAAUAAUUUACUUGGAUGUGCCUGUAGAUCUCACCCUGCAAAACAUCAAAAAACGUGGACUGCCACAUGAGGUGAAUUCCAAAGUACUGAAUGAAAAAUAUCUAUCUGAUAUCGAAGAGAACUAUAAGAGGGAUUACCUUGCAAAACUCACUGAAAAUUGUCAUUUGUUAAUUUAUGAUUGGUCCCAAGGAGGAGAUAUUGAAGUUGUAGUAGAAGAUCUAGAAAAUCUUAACUAUGAUGAUUUUGAAGAGAAUGAUCCAAAACUGCAAGAUUGGCGAUUCUCUCCGUACCAAUUCAAAGUUCAUACUAAGCACUUCACAUAUGAUCGUGACAAGUUGUUAUGUUACAUGGAAUUUGCCAGGACAGAUGUGCCAGAAUUAUUGAUGUCUGGUAAUGAUUGGGAAGCUUGGUAUGAUGUUUGGGAGGAAGUUCCAGACUCCAUAUAUUUGUAUCCGUAUAACGUCCACAAAGGUGAUAAAGGUGUACUGUGGAAAGACAAGUUCCACCUGUGUGAUGAUCGUGUAACACCAUUGAUGAAAAAAUAUUACGAAAGAAAAGAAAGGGAAAAGAGGAAAAACUAAGUAAAAACAUGUAUUUAAUAUAAAUUCAUAAAAAAAUUGUUAAUAAAUGAUGUACACACGCCAUGAGAUAGUAAAAUUUAUAUUGGAAUAAAUUAAUUCUACCCAA